AUGACUGUUGCGCAAACCAUCGCCUACAACGUUCCAAACAUUGAGGAGGUCAAGGCCUCGGUUGAUGCAGCGUUGAAGAUUUUGCAGACAUCGCUUCGAGAACUCAACAGAGAAAUCUGGUCCAACCCAGAAACAGCAUACCAAGAGCAUCGAGCUCAUGACACCAUCUGCGGCUUUCUCGAGAACCAGGGUUUUACCGUAACCCGCCAUGCAUACGGACUGGACACCUCCUUCGAAGCCAUCAGCGGGUCUGGGGGACGACUGAUCAAUUUCAAUGCCGAAUACGAUGCUUUGCCCGACAUUGGUCAUGCCUGUGGCCACAACCUCAUCACCACAAGCAGCAUGGCUGCAUUCCUCGCCUUAUCCGCCAUUCUAAAACAAUAUGGGAUCCCGGGUCGCACCCAGCUUCUCGGUACUCCCGCGGAAGAGAAUGGAGGCGGAAAAGCCAAGCUGAUUGAUGUGGGUGCAUACAAGGGUGUGGAUGUGUCAUUGAUGGCUCACGCCGGCCCUAAAGAGCUCUUCCCUGGCGUCAUCACAGACGGCGUUGGUGGAGUGCUCAUGAACGCUCGUAAAGAGAUCCAUUGCGAAUUCACCGGCCGGAGUGCCCAUGCCGGUGGCAAUCCCUGGGAGGGAGUCAAUGCUCUCGAUGCCCUGGUGACAUCGUACAACAAUGUUUCCGUCCUACGCCAGCAACUUCGUCCGGAUGAACGCAUCCACUGUGCUUUCCUGGACACCCCUAAGGUGGCCAACGUGAUCCCUGCCUACACCAAAGCGUACUGGCAGGUCCGGAGUCCGACGCUGAAGGGGUUGAAUCGGUUGAUGGCCAAGGUACGGAACUGUAUCGAAGCAGGUGCAUUGGCGACCGGCUGUGAAGCAAAGAUUAUCGAGAACGAACUCUACACUGACGUCAAGAUCAACGACACCCUGUGCGACCGGUAUCAAGCGCAUAUGGCCAAGUAUGAUCGGAAUGUCCUGAAGCGACACGAGAAGGUCUUGACGGGGUCGUCGGAUAUCGGCAAUGUCAGCUACCUCGUACCGACACUGCACACCAUGUUUGGGAUCACGUCCGAAGAAGGAUCCUUCCCCCAUCAUCCCACAUUUGCUGCUGCAGCUGGCACAGACUACGCUCAUGAAGAAGCGGUGAUUGUGGGCAAGUCUCUGGCGUUGAUUGGAUGGGAGAUGGUGACGAGCGAUGAGUUGUUUGGGGUUGCGCAGAAACAGUGGAGGGAGUGUAUUGCAGAAUAAACUGAAGCUCGAGAUCGGCAUAUCCCUAUAUUCACCUUUCUGCAGAAUAUUCCGCUCAGGAUGAUUCUCUGUCUUUCCUCGGCGAUAUCCCAGGGGUAAAAUCCCGUCACUUUAGUAUACUCCAUAGAACUAGACCUCUUAGCCUGAUUGGAUGUCCAACUGAUGAUCCCUGCUUUGGUGGUGCUGGCUUGUCUCAGCCACAACCCCAAAGGAUGACAUCUGAGACACGGUUGAAGUAAGUCUGCGACCGGUCCCGAUAGGGCUGAACCACCUCGCUGUAUAUA